ACAAUGUUUGUUCGUCGUAUAGGUGCCAUGGGACAAAUAAACUGUAAAUUGUCAACAUUUUGAAUGGAGAUUGGUGCCGUGUUUUCCUCACCGGAACAGAUCACGGUGUGAUGUUGCACUGGCAUACAUGAUCUCUCCAUCUCUUUCUGGGGCCAUAAAGCCAGACAGUAACCCUCAGAGUGCCAUGGCUGAAGUGUUGGGACAGAGGACCUUGUUGGGCUUUGGCGUGUUGUUGGCAUGGUUGCUGCUGUUCCACCUGCUGGUCAACAUCUGGCUUCUGUGCGUGUUCACCAGCCUGCUGGUGGUGCUGGGUGGCUGGCUUGGCUCACAGGCCAUCUUGGAGUCCAACAGUGUGGUUCACCUGGAGAGGUUUAUCACCCUGGAGCAGGUUCCACCAUCUGUGGAGGAUGAGGAUCACUUGGACCAGGAGAUCCACAACACAGUGAGGAAAAUCAUCAGGGAUUUUGUCACUUCCUGGUACUCCACUGUGUCCUCUGAGAGUGGUUUUGAAACAGAGGUCCAAGAGGCCAUGAUCUCUAUGGCCAUGGAGCUGAAACUGCGCGCACGACAGCUGGACAGGAAGGAGCUGACUCACAGGAUCCUGAAUUUGUUUGGCUGCCACCUGCAGGACUACAUGAAAGCCAAGGAGCUGGUGUCUGAGCAGCCUCUGCCAAAGUGGAGCAGUGAGAGCGAGCAGUUGUGGAAAGCGUAUUCCAGCGUUACCACACCUCAUCUUGCCAUGACCGGUGACACUGUAGCAGUCAACUACACCAGAGCAGUGGUAGAUUUGUUGCUGCAUGUUUUGGUGCCACCGCCUCACUUGGAGACCCGCACCGGAAGGUUCGUUGUCGGAGAGCUCAUCACCUGUAAUGUUUUGCUCCCUCUUAUUGAUAAACUGUCUGACCCCGACUGGUUAAACAUUCUCAUGAUCGAAAUAUUUGGCAAGGCCAGCAAACCGCAGGAGCCGAUUACAGCAGAGCCACCAGCUUCAUCCCCACCACUACCACCACCGCCACUCCCUGCUGAAUCAGAGCUUGCUCCACCACAAGAGCCAACUCAUACGCCUACAAAGAAUAAUGAGGUUCCUCCACUUAGAGCCGUGACUGAAUUGGUCAGUGACACGGAAACUGCCUCGUCUGAGCUCGCCACCUAUGAUGUGAUUGACUCAGACGAGGUGGACUGUCCGCAAAACAACACUGAAGAAGAAGAACCUAAUCAACCGUUUUUAAGGCAUUACCUGAGAGGAAGCAAGUUAAACCCAUUUUACCAGGAAAAUGACUCUGACUUGGAUUCUCCUUUGGCCGACUGUAAACGGAGUUCAAUUGAUUCCCUGGUCAUGAUAGGCCAAGAGGAGGGCCUGUAUGACAGAACAAAAGAAUGUGCCACACCUGUUAACAACAGUUAUGGAGUGGACCCGGAGGAUGUUUUCCCCAGUCCAGUGGAUGACUCCUGUCCUAAAGUCCUGGUGAAUUCAGUACCAGAAGGGCAUCCUAAUGGCUGUGACCCCUCAUCAGUUAGGACAGCAGAGGGGACUCCCAGUAACAGCAGCCUCCUGGAUCUGGAGAGGGAGGGGGGCUCUCCUUCAGUAAAUCCAGCCAGAGAGCUUCUUCUAGGAGUGGAACAGACUGGGUUGGGGAACGCCAAUGAGCUAACUGUAGCCAGUCCGUUGCAGGUAUCUUCCCCUAUAGCAUCGUUCAGUUUUGAACCCCUCAGCAGCCCAGAUGGACCAGUUAUCAUCCAGAACCUCCGCAUCACUGGCACCAUCACAGCUAAGGAACAUCGUGGCACCGGCUCACACCCCUACACGCUUUACACUAUCAAAUAUGAGACAGCGAUGGGCUGCGAGAACCCAGAAAGCAUCCAGCCGGGCUCUGAGGAUGCUGAAGUUUUGCUGUCAGGUUGUGAUAAUCCAUUGCCCAUUCAGCCUGUAGCCUAUCAUACGGUGAACAGACGAUACAGCGAGUUCCUCAACCUGCAGACUCGGCUGGAAGAAAAAACAGAACUGCGGAAACUAAUUAAAGGUGUGAAAGGUCCAAAGAAAAUAUUUCCAGACAUGCCAUUUGGUAACAUGGACAGUGACAAGAUAGAGGCCAGGAAAGGACUUUUGGAGACAUUUCUAAAGCAACUCUGUGCUAUCCCUGAAAUAGCCAACAGUGAAGAGAUGCAGGAGUUUCUGGCUCUCAAUACAGACGCCAGGAUUGCCUUUGUGAAGAAACCUUUCAUUGUGUCACGCAUAGACAAGAUUGUGGUGAAUGCCAUUGUGGACACCCUGAAGACAGCAUUUCCUCGUUCAGAACCUCAGAGUCCCACAGAGGAUAAUGAGACAGAGAUGGAUGGAGGGAAAAUGGGUCUUGACAAGAAGAGCAAGUCUCGUCUGAAGUUCUCUGGUAAAAACAUCCCCUUUAUGAACGGCUCAGACAUUAGACCAUCAGUUUUGUUCAGUUGGGACCAAACUAGCACAGUGUUUAAUGGGAUGUCUUUGGGAGAUUUGCAAGCCUUUAUCACUGACCAAGAAAAACUGGCCACCAGAGUUGAGCUAGAGAGGGAGGACAGUCCAGUAAUAAGAGAAUUCAAAGGCUAUCUGGAUGAUAACUUGAGAGGAAAACACAGUCAGGAACAUGCAUCUGAGACGGCCCUGGCUGAGGUAGCUCUGAACAUCCUGUGUCUGCUGAUGAAGAAGCAGUGGAGCUGGCUGUGCACUGAAAACAUUCAGAGGACCAUCAGGCUGCUGUUUGGGACCCUGAUUAACAGAUGGCUGGAUGUGAGCGUAGCAAACCUGACAUGCACUGCAUACUGGGUGGUGUAUCUGCAGGUGAUCCAGGAGUCUGUGUGGCCAGGAGGAACUCUGCCGACGGCCCCUCGGCCUGAUCGCAGCCAGCAGCAGAAGGACAGCACCAGGCAACAAGCCUUACACUGUCUGAUGACACUCCUACCAGAUCUGAUCUCAGACAUGUUGGGCUCUGACAAGUACAAACUCAGCUGGCAGACUGCACUGGACUCUCUUCAGGACCCCUACAUUAACAGACAUCUGGUCUACUGCAUAUUUGAUCUUCUGUUGGAGUUCCUGGUUCCUGAAAUACCCGAGGAGGACUUCCAGAGGAGCCUGUUGCGUACCCUCUCCAAGAACCCAGAGAAGCUGCUGGCAUGAGGAUAAAACCCCCACAGGAACACCUGCAAACCCAGUUUUAAUUUUUCUGUAAUUUCUGUCAUCCUAACUGAUCAUUCACCACUAAUGAAUGGCUGAAAAGCAGAGAGACAGCGAGGCUGCUCCUGUUCUACUAAUGUUCUUCUUUUCUGAGUGUAAGUGAAUGUUUCAGGUGAAAAUUCUCUGUUCCCAAUUGAAACUCCUGACGUCCCUCAGACCUGUCUUUGAUUACAUGUUGAUGUGUUGAUAUGUGAGGCUUACACACACACACACACACACACACACACACACACACAGACACACACUUCAACACUAACUAUAUUCAAAGCAGCUUUGAUUACAUGAGAGCACCUGGUUUGUGUUUGAUCUGAGAACGUGUCUGAUGUGCUUGUCAGAUCUCAGCAUGUGGCAAAGCCUUCCCCGAUCUUCACAUCAGGCCUCUUCCUGCUUGCUAAACUCUGCAGCUUUGACUAAACUCAUUUCAGAUGCUUUUCGCACUCUUCCCUCAUCAUCUCUUGCCGUCUGAGGGUAGAAAACCCCACACCUGUUGCACUAAUCUGGAGGAGCAAGAUUUGCUUUCUCUCCCUAACUUAAAUCACAAAAUGCUCUAACGGGAUUUAGCAUCACUGUUUCUAUUCUCUGUUGACCCAUUCUUUAAUAUCCCACAGGCUCUGUUUCGAGCCACACAUGUGAUUCUGACAUAAUGUGAGCUAUACUUCCUAAAUCUGAGCCUUCCUGAGGGAUUACAUGUAUCUGGCAGCAAUUUUAUUUCACCUGCAAAUGUCCAGGUGUAGGAACAGUACAUACUGUAGUGUAGCAUGGUGAAGCGUUGGCCAUGAUAUAUUUAACUGGCUUCACAGAUGCGUCACAGUUCCUUUAAUGGGUCCCUUGGAGAAUUAUAUGUGCAGUUAAUGUCUAAAUCAUAUAAAACCGGGCUCCACAAAAACACAGAGGAUUUAGGGAUGGUCUAGGUCCAUAGCAUAGCAUACCAAUAGUGAGAACAGUGAACUGCUGGAGUCUCACUUACAGUCAGUGGUAUCUAUACUGCUGAUGUUUGUACCUCCACCCAAAUACAAUAGAAUAGUCCCUAUGAAAACUGUGCAUUCUGUGAAUCUUGUCAACACUCUUCACAGCAGAUAUUUUGACAUAGAGGGAAAAGCAUGUUAAGUCAGUAAGUAAAGUUCUAUUCGUGUGUCCCUCUAAUUUAUGACGGUGUGACAACUAAUGAAAUACUAUAUAUCAAGAAUUGUAGAAGCAUCUCCACCGUUCAAAAAGUGAAGCCAAUAUAUGCACUCAUCUGUCACUUUAAUAAUCAGCAAAGUGUACGUAAUGAAGUGGCGGUGUGGUCUUAAUCUGCUUCAAGGUUGUACCUUGGUUUUAGCAAGUGGUUACCAUACAGGGUGUUUUUUGAAUAUUCCCCAAUUUCCCAGUCUUUUGUUUUUACUAUUUUCAAACAUGCUGCUGGCAUCAUAUUCAGAGUUGAUAAAUAUACUGUCCUGGUACUGAUUUUCAAUUGAAUAUACAAUCACGGGCCACUUUAUAAGCUACAAGGUGUACCUAAUAAAGUGGUGGUGUGGUCUUUAUCUGCUUCAAGGUUGAACGUGUUGUGUGUUCAGAGAUGGUCUUCUGCAGACCUUGGUUGUAACCAGUGGUUAUUUGAGUUCCUGUUGAACCAGUCUCCAUUCUCCUCUGACAUCAAGAAGCAUCAAGGCUCUCUGGAUAUUUUCUCUUUUUGGGACCAUUCUCUGUAAACCCUGGAGAUGGUUGUUAGAUCAGCAGUUUGUGAAAUACUCAGACCAACAACCAUGACACGUUCAAAGUCACUUAAAUCACCUUUCUUCCCCAUUCUGAUGCUCGCUUUGAACUUCAGCAGCUUGUCUUCACCAUGUCUACAUGCCUAAAUGGCUAACUGCUGCCAUGUGAUUGGCUGAUUAGAUAUUUGCAUUAAUGAGCUUCCCGCCCCAUUAGAGCACAAUGCGAGCUGUCAAUCAUGACUUUACACCACAAUUUUAUACCAUUAAAUAACCGAUUAAAUCAAACUUGAAAAAUGAAGACUUUUAGAUGCAUAGGCAUGAUAAGCACUAUGUAAAAUCUUUGGGAAACAUUUAUUUAACGUCUACUUUGAGUUUUUAGUUUGGCCAGUGUCCCAUCCACUAACAUGGAGGGGACAGGGAUUAUGACCUUAUCACAAAUUGAUUAAUUUGUCCCACUUUUUCCCAACAUAUGAAGGUUUGUUUUCCCCCCAAUCAUUGCAAAGGGCUGUUCUAACGGAUCCUUAUUCUAAUUUCAACGUACCAUGUGAUUAGUGAAUUGAUCCUUGCCACCCAAUAAGCUAAAUUACACACAUGAAGUGUAAAUAUUCAGUUCAUGGACCGUGUAGUUGUGGAGUCGAUCAUCUUCAUUCACCUUAAAAUUUCUGAAGAGAUUUUAUAGCUGUUACCACACAGUCUUCUUUCAUUUAAACAUACUGUAGAAAGGUUUUGCACUUUGAAAAUCUGCCUUAGCAUCUUACUGCCUUCAUGGAUAGAACACAGCAAUCAGUGCUUAUUUUUUUAAUUAGAUAAAGACAAAAAAAGCAAAUAACUACUGUAGUUUUUAAGACAAAAAUAUCUAUCCAAAGUAUGUUACAACACACAUGAUCCUUCAUAUCUCUAACACAGUGUAACCCGAAUGUCUUAACGCAGUCCGUCUUAAAAUACUGCUUAGUUCAUCAUCAGCUGCAGCUGGCCAGAGUAAUUUAGUUUCUUAACCAUUCCUGGCAACAUUUUAAUGUUCUAAAAUGUUAUGACUUAAAGUCGAAGAAGUUAUGUGAUUCGUAAUACUGGAGAAGUUAUGUGAAUUGAGCAUUGGGACCAAUGGGUUAUAAAAGAUGAAGUGUUUUCUAAUUUAAAAUAUGUCAGAUAUGUCUCCUGUGACCGCUUCUGCAUCUUGCAUCAUGCAAGUAAAACAAAAAAGAAGUAAAUGUUGCUAUCAUUCGUGUUUUGCACCCUUUCACCCUUUCUAUUGUAAACUUGUGAUUCAGCCUAUUUAUUAACCUAUUUAUUUGCUUGACUUACUAAUAUAUGACUUUUUGAUGUCCUCGUGCUGACAAGGAGGAGCGUCCUCACUUUUGAAGUGCUUUUAACUGGAUUUUGCCUUACAAGGUCACCUGAUGAAGUUUGGUCUGCCUGUCCUGCAGUGAUGCAGCUGCAGCGUAGCCACUGAUACCUGCCUUAGUAGAAGAUAAGCACCCAGUUCCAGCCCUCUGUAGUGAAACUGUUUGUUUAAUGUGUCAAAUUGUGCUGAAUGUUAAAGCUGUUACAUUUGUUGUGAAGAGAUUUUCUAAUGCUGUUGAAGGAAUGACAUAUUCUCUUAUGUAAUGCCACCGUGACAGUAAAUAUCUGCUCAGUAUAUCAUUAUAACAAGAACAUUUUCUUGCAAGAACAACUUUCUAAUGUUAUAAUAUUGUUUUUGUGGUUACAUACCACUUUAUCUUAUUAUGUUACAAAACACUACACAAAAUCAAUGGAUCUAAAUAAAGCAAGGCAUUUUCUUGCUAUAACAUAAGUUGGUAUGUUGUUUUAAUGAGGAAAGAGAUCCUAUCAGUACCCGAAGAGAGGACAGACUAGUCUUGUUAUUGUUUAGAAAUAUUAACAUUAUUAUUUGAUGCUUGGACCUUUAUAUCUGUUUAUUGUUUGCAGGGUUGCAGAGGGCAUCACCAGUCACACACUUUACAAAUUUUAGCUAUCACAAAUAUGUUUUUGGUCUGACUGCAAAUAAAAAUAUAAAAUGAAAUGGAAAAAAUAACAAGCACAGGUGUUGCUACAUAGUUAUAUAUUGAAAUACAGACUGGCCACUUUAUUAGGGCCACUUGUAUAACCUAAUGAUCCAAUACAACAUCUGCAUCCAUAAAUUCUGCCUUUACAAUGAUGGAUGGAUGGUUUUGAGUUAUUAAUGUAACUACAUCUUCAUUAUAGAGGUUGUAGUUUGCAGUAGUUUUGAACAUUAUAUUAAGAGG